GGAGGCGUUAAACCCUGUACCCCUCCCCAUUCUUGGUCUUUCUUAACUUAUCCCAACUCCUUCUAUCAGCGAUUCGGACCAGCUAUGUAUGAACAACUUCAUGGGUACGACACCAAUCAAACCAAUACAAUUCUUGAUGAAGUAAGAGCCCGAGAUGAUAUGUCUAAGAAUUUAUCACCAAAAUCUCAACCCCUGCGAUUCGGACCACCUGUGUAUAAAGAGAACAAUGGAACUGUUGAAGUGAGAGCCCUAGAUGAUAUGUCUAAGAAUUUCUCACCAAAAGCUCAACCCCUGCUGGUGGAGCUGAAGGGGAAACUCUAUGCUCUCUCCGGUUAUUUUGGCGGUGAAUGUCAAUUAAACCCUCCAUAUUUCCAGGUCUUCGACCCUGAAGACAAAGAAUCAGAAUGGAAGGACCUUCCUCCACCUGACAUUUUCGAUCCCGACUCUGAUCACUAUGUCGGAGAUGGUGUAUACUUAUCGUAUGCAUCUAUGGGCACCAGAAUCCUUGUGUCGACCACUCCCCAUUCCCCCGGAGUGCUUAGCUUUGACGUCGCCAAAGACGACCCACAAUGGGAAACACUCACCGCUCCUGGUCCUUUGCUUUCCGGUGGUCCCUUCGGGUUUCAUGGAACUGCUUUGUACGUGGAACAUGACAACGAGUCUUUCUUGUUCACCUAUCAGUAUCACCCACACUCGCCUAGUGAGAUUGUAGUCUACCUUGUUUUCAAUGAUGAUUCUUCGGAAACUAUUACAACUCUGCAGCUGCCAGUUAUGCCUAUUGAAUUUGAUUUUCCCUACUACUAUAAGUUUGUGCACUUAAGAGGUCCAAAAGUCUGCUUUAUUAUGACUUCAUUCCCGCGCCCAGGUUUUUAUGUUUGUAAAGAAGUUGAGAAGAUGAAUGUUGUUGUCUUAACGUAUGAACUCUCACCGAAGAUGGAAGCUGUCAAAAGGGAGGUCAAACAAGUGGCUACUCGCUUCUUUGAAUGCGAUACUUUGCGGUCUCACAACCCUAUCUCACAUCAUACACAUCAGGCUCAUGUCAUUGGUUGCUUUGUGCUGUAAAUUGUCAAGAGAAGAUUCAUGCUAUGAGGAGAGGACCCUGCAAGCUAGUUAUAAGUGUUGUCUUAGC